CAAGGUAUUAAACAAAGCACAGAGGAUAAAAAGAGAAGGAAGGCAAAGCAGAAAGUACUGCCUCUGUACUCACGCACUUUGAAUUGGCAGGGGGGUGCUGUGUGGUGGAGCCCUCAGUCAAAGCGUGAAGCUGACGUGCGCGACGCUGCAAUUGAGAAGUACAACCUAGAACAAGAGGCAGAAAAGAAGACUAGACAAGAGCUGCAGCACCAGACUAGGCUUCUCAGAGAGAAAGAAAAACAAGAGAAGCGUGUGGCGAGAGAAGAAGCUAAGGAGAGGCGUGAGAAGGAGAAGGCUCAAGAAAGCGCAGCAAUCGAUGCUCGGAAGGCAGAGAGAGAGCGUCAAAAACAAGCUCGCAACGCUCAACAAAGUAUCCAAUUGCCUAACCAAGGCAAGCGUAAGGCUUCACGUCAAUUGCAGCCAAAAACAACAAAGAAGCAGAGUAGUACUACUAGGCGUAGUCAGGUAGUUGCUCGUAGCCCGUCUCUAGCACCUCCACCUACAUACAACAGCCGCGGCCGCAAAAUUGCUCCACCACAAAAAUUUAGGUAG